UAAACUUUGUCAUUCAACAUUGAUUAGUCUGUCCUAUGAUUAAUUGCUUCUUACAGAGAAUUAAUCAUGACUAAUAAUUUUGAUCAAAAUGGAGCACCAAGAAUGUUGAAGGGAAAAUUCCAAGCUGAAGUAGCUUGUUUUAUUCUUGGACUGGGGUCCCUUGUUGCAUGGAAUAGUAUGUUGACAAUUGGAGACUACUAUUACAAACUGUUUCCUAGAUACCAUCCUUCGCGAGUACUCACCAUCUUUUAUCUACCUUUUUCAAUCGGGACUCUGAUGAUACUGACACACAACGAGUCGAGGAUCAACACUAGGAUGCGAGUCAUAACCGGAUACUUUAUUUUCUUCGUUUGCACUUUGUUAGUUCUUGUUUUAGAUCUAGCAACAUCAGGUAAAGGAGGAAUUGGACAUUAUGUUGGUUUGUGUGCUCUUUCUGCUAGUUUUGGAGUUGCAGAUGCUCUUGUCCAAGGUGGUAUGGUUGGAGACAUGUCUCGUAUGUGUCCUGAGUUCAUUCAGUCCUUCCUAGCUGGUUCAGCUGCCUCAGGACUUCUAGCCUCUGGUUUGAGAUUUCUCACCAAAAUAGCUUUUGAGAAAUCUGAUAAUGGGCUUCGAAAAGGGGCUUUGCUAUUCUUUGCAACCUCUACCUUCUUUGAGUUUUUGUGCAUUAUUCUCUAUGCAAUCUACUUCCCUAAGUUGUCCAUUGUAAAGUAUUAUCGUUCAAAGGCAGCCUCAGAAGGAUCAAAAACCGUUUCAGCUGAUUUAGCAGCUGUUGGGAUUCAAAAUGAGAUAAACCAACAAGUUGGAUUGGAUGCUAAACAACACGAACAUCUAAACAAUAAGGAACUAUUUCAUCAGAACAUUGAUUAUGCAGCUGAUUUAUUUCUGAUAUAUGUGUUAACUCUGUUUAUUGUACCUGGAUUCUUGUAUGAAAAUACUGGAUCACACCAUCUAGGAAAAUGGUACACGCUGGUUUUGAUUGCAGUGUACAAUGUCUCAGAUCUAACAUCAAGAUAUAUUCCUAUGAUCAAAUUCAUGAAGUUGGAGUCUAGAAAGUGGUUACUCACUGCAAUUAUUUCUAGAUUCCUAUUGAUCCCAGCAUUUUACUUCACAGCAAAAUAUGGUGACCAAGGAUGGAUGAUUGUGCUUGUUUCUUUCUUAGGACUAACCAAUGGCUAUCUCACUGUAUGUGUGUUCAUAGUUGCACCCAAAGGUUACAAGGGUCCUGAACAAAAUGCACUAGGCAAUUUGCUUGUGCUAUUUGUUGAGUGUGGCAUAUUAGCAGGGGGUGCUCUUGAUUGGUUGUGGCUCAUAGGAAAAUCACAAGGAUUCUGAAAUGAAACAAAAACAAUGUGGGAAACUAAAUAAAACCAACUAUGUGCUUCCAAUAUUUCUAUCUGAAUGUAUAAUAUUGAUAUCAUCAACAAAUUAUAAGCAAUGAUGAAUGAGCAACUUGACAAUGUAAGGGAAAAUUUUGCAAUCAUUUAAGUUGAUUUUGUAAUACAAAUAACUUAUAUCUCGUAACUACAUCAAACUAUGUUCGAUUUUAC